AUGUACGCGAUGAACCGCUCACUCUCAUUCCGAUCCCGCAGGGAACCCCCUGCAAGUCGCCAUCGCUUCAUUAAUAGCUUCCGUGGCAUUCAGGCACCCGAGUUGAGUCGGAAGCUCAGCAGGCUGAUUAAGAGCGAGAACUCAGCAAUUGGCGCCCACGAGACUGCCGGCCGCGAACGUGCAUCCAUUGCCGCCCAGCUCUCCGACUGGGGCGAAUCUACAGGUGACGAUGCUGUCUCGGACAUCUCCGACAAGCUCGGUGUCAUGCUGGCUGAGAUAGGUGACCAGGAGGACCUCUUUGCCCAGAACCUCGAGGAUUACCGCAGUGUCUUAAAGGAUAUUCGCAAUAUGGAAGCUUCCGUUCAACCAUCGCGUGAGCAACGCCAGAAGGUUACCGAUGAGAUCUCAAAACUCAAAUACAAGGAUCCUAACAGCACAAGACUGGUUACAUUGGAGCAUGAGCUUGUUCGUGCUGAGGCACAGAAUCUUGUUGCAGAAGCGCAACUAUCGAACACGACCCGGGCAAAGCUCAAGCAGGCCUUUGACAUACACACUGCUGCUGUGAUCGAGCGCGCAGAGAAGCAAAUCAUUCUUGCUCGGCAUGCUCGUCGCCUUAUCAGCUUUAUUGAUGAUAGUCCCGUUGUUCCAGGUGAUUCACGCCAGGCAUACGACCACGAGCUUGAUGCACGACAGAUUCUCGAGGAGGCGGAGACUGACCUCCGUGGGUGGGAGCCCAGUAUCUCGCCUAUUGCCACAAUAGGACCCUCCGGUACUGCCGCCAGUGAAAUGAAUAGCAUCGAGGAGGAGCCCGAGACAGAUAGCCUGACUGCUGGCACUGGUGUUAGUAUCAUUGGCGUCGAUGCUAUUUCUCGGCCCUUGGACGACGGUACAGCGUCAUCCUCAAAGCAGUUGGAGACUCCUGCCUAA